CUUAGUCAAAUAUCGAUGAAUUCAUGCAUUCAAAAUAUUGAAUUGACACUGACAGUACUUUCUUCCUAUUGGCAGGAGCUUGCAGCCAGAGUGAACCAAUCGGCUCUUGAGGCCGUGACGCCAUCUCCGUCCUUCCAGCAGAGACACGAGAGCAUGAGACCCAGCAGUAAAGGGCGUGUGGGCCGAGCGAGCAGCAUCAGCUCUGUGGGCUCUGAGCCGUCCCCUGCCCUCUCUGUGCUCUCAUUGGAUGCCCUUGUUGCCCCGGAAACACCCAUCCAGUUUGACAUAAUUUCCCCGGUCAGCGAGGAGAACUCAGGACAGAGCAAGACGGCAGUACAGACCAGCAGAAGGAGUAAUCCAUUCGGGGAGUCAGGAGACAGCACUUCAGAAGCCAGUGAAGACUCGAUCCUUCACCAGCUCUUCAUCGUUCGCUUCCUGGGCUCCAUGGAGGUGCGUAACGCUGAGUCAGCAGACAUCAUCUCUGAGACCAUGAGGCAGAUCCUGGCCGCCAGAGCCAUCCACAACAUCUUCAGGAUGACCGAAUCACACCUGCUGGUCACCUGUGACUGCCUCAAGCUCAUUGAUCCUCAGACACAAGUCACUCGACUCAGGUUCCUUCUCUCCAGCGUGGUUCAGUGUUCGUCCCAUCAGGACAACAAGAGGCUGUUUGGUUUCGUUUUGCAGGCGCCGGCCGCGGGCGGGCGGGGUGACAGCCGCGCCGUCUGCUACAUCUUUGAGUCCAACAACGAUGGAGAGAAGAUCUGCGACAGCGUCGGUCUGGCCAAGCAGAUAGCCUUCCACUCUGAGAUGGACCGUAAGGCCGUGGAGAAGAGGAAGGAGCACGACAAGGCCAAAGAGAAACAGCAGGAAGAACUCAGUAAACAGAGACAGAUAGAGAAGGAUCUGGAGGAGCAGAGCCGUUUGAUCGCCGCCUCGAGUCGCCCCGCUAACCCGCCUGCUGCUGACGGACAAUUCCUAGUGCUUAGCAACAGCCAAUCAGAGGACAGCGAUGCCGGGGAGGAGGGGAAGAAGCAGGGCGAGUCUGAAGCCUAACAAAAACUAACGGAGGAUGCAUGUUUUACCACCCAGGAGAGUCCCGGCUGGUACUGUCAAAGCAACAGCUCAGGAAUCAGAAGAGGGGAACACCACCCGCCCACCCGGGCUGCCUAGGACUGAAAAACAUGCGCUCCCUCCUUUGCUGGACUCUGUUUGAAGUUGGUGGUGGAGCCUGCCACUCCGAGAACGGAGGGUAAACUAAACGCACCCUUACUGUAAGAAGAGGAGGGGAGUGUGAGUGGAAACGUCUCGUCACGGACUUGUGCUUUAUUCUGUGUGUAAAAACGAAAAACGCAGAUUUUUAUACCGGCUCCACUCCCAAAUAUAUAGAUUUAACCUGUAGGUUUCGUUUUUUUUUAUGUGUAUUUUAUAGAAAGAGCUAACAGCAACGACAAAGGAUCAAUAGCAAAACAACGCAUGCAAAAUAAGGAACCAGGAUCUGAAGGAGACAGAUUUGGAGAGUGUCCUUGUCAACUCUUCAGGGGCUCUUUGGCAGGAGGCGAAGGUUUCGCUGAGGCUCCAGAGGGCAGCAGGACACCUCAGAGAGAGAU